AUGGGUCUGGGGGACACGACGCCGCCCAACGUGUUCCUCACGCUCAAGAACCUGAGGACGCUGUACCUGCAGAACAACGGCAUCCCGGGGACUCUCAUCGAGGACUUCAUCAACACACAGCUUCAGCCGCUCACCGCCGUGCACUUGGACGGGAACUUCCUCUCCCAGAUCCACCCGCUGUCCUUGACGGGACUGAACGACAAGGGGACCAUCUCCUUUAGGAACAACUUGAUCGUGUACUUGACGCAGGAGAGAUGGGAAGGACUCGUGUCUCGGCUCACCGUAGACGCCAUCGACUUGAGAGAGAACCCGCUGGAGUGUGGCUGUGACAUGGCGUGGCUGGUUUUCGACUCGUCAGCCAUGGCCGUCUUUAAUAGCGGGACCACGUGUUGGAACGGGGACCUGGUUAUGGAUGUCUCCGUGCAGUGGUACCUCGAUCACUGCACGUGAAGCCCCAACCAACGCGCCAUCCGGUCGUUACCUGUGCACCGCUGCAGCCUUUGGCACAGUCCCUAACGGCCACUGUGUGUCUCCUAUCCCACAGUUUCUAAUACACUUAAACGUGUCUGUGAAUUAUUUCCUUGUCUUUUUCCAUUCACUUUGGCCUUGAUCUUCAGGAGAUUCCGUCGUAUAUAUUGUUCAAAUAAAGCUGUGUUUUUCUUA